AUGGCUAAAAACAAAACUAAAAAGGGAAAGAAACAAGCUAAUCAAUAUGAUAGAAGAUUAAAUGAUCUAGAAGAAAGUACUGAACCAACUGAGUCAAAUACUAAUAUAGAUUCUUCUGAAGGGAGUCCGGAUCAAUUGGUUGCAGCACCUAAAAAGCAGGUAGAUCAAACAGAGAACAAAGAGGAUAUACAGGAUAUACCAAAAACAGAGUCUCUCGAUAUACACUCAACUGCAAAUUAUAGUACUAAUUCAAUCAGUGAUGAUGUCAGUCUUGUAGAGGCGAGGAUGGUUCAUACUGCAAUUAUUGAAAAAGAUAAUCCAUUUUUAGAGGUUGAAUCUCAAAUUAAAAAAUACAAGAAGGAUGAAGAGAAGAGAAUGAAUGAAAAUAAUACAGAUGUUGAAAAGCAUCUUAGUAUAACACAAACGAGUCAAAAUAUUAAAAACCCAAAUAAAAUAUAUGAAAAUGAUGACGAUGAUCUCGUAUUACCAAAAACAAAACCCCUAAAACGUAAUGAUGAGCAAAAAGAAGUGAUUAAGUCGAAAUCUCCGAUGCAAACGAAUACUAAAGAUAUAUCUAAACACUCGAAUGGCACUAAACCAAGUAAUUUGAAUAUUCAGAUAUUAGAGGCUAAUAGAAUAUCAGAGGGCCAAGGUAGAGCUUAUGUUGCAUAUACGAUUAAAUAUGGUGAUUCCAUUGUGAAAAGGAGAUAUAGUGAUUUUGAAUCUUUAAAAAAUAUAUUGAUAAGGUUAUUUCCAACGACAUUGAUCCCACCCAUUCCUAAGAAAGAAAGUAUUAAAACGUAUGGAAAGGUAAUUAGAGGGAGUACAAACGAUUUUAUUUUACCGUCAGAUGAUUUGGGAUCGGCAGAUUUGUCAUUUUCUGUAAUAAAUGACAAUAUUCCGAAUGUAGAUGCAAAAUUGAUACGACAUAGAAUAAGAAUGUUGACAUUGUUUCUGACAAAAGUUUUACAAAAUAAGGACAUCAGUAAGACAUCCAUAAUUAGUGAUUUCUUGGAACCGAAUCAUGUGAAUUGGAACGAUUUCGUGGCUAGCUCCCCAACUUUUUCAUCGUUACCAAAAAAUACCUUAAACUGUAAUCCAUUAGAUCCAACCAAUACUUCUAGAUUAUAUGUUUCAUUACCUAUUCCUUCUUCAUCACAGUUGAUUAUACCGAAAGAGGUCAGAGGCGUUGCUACUUAUCCUAAAAAAGUUAAAGAAAAAUUUGACCUGAUAGAUCAAGAUUAUAAACAAUAUGAAAACAUUUUGAAAAAUGGAAUAUACAAACAUAAUAAGAGGAUAACAAAAACCUUUUAUGACUUGAAGACCGAUCUAAAUGAAAUAAGAGAAAUAUCUGCUAUAUUCGCAAAAAGCCCACAAGAUAUUGGCAUACAAGAACAAUUAGUACACAUUAGUGAUACAUAUUAUGAUACCAGUAUUCUUCUGGAAAAAUUUGUUAGUCGUUUACAUUAUAGUGUUGACGAACCAUUAAGUGAAUUGGUUGGCAUGGCGGGAUCUGCUAGAGAUUUAAUAAAGUUUAGAAGAUUAAAAUAUAUUCAAAAUGACAUGAUAAAAAAAUCGCUGAAUAGUAAACAGAAACAACUGAGUAAACUAGUGGCAGAAAAUAGUAGAUUUAGUCAUAUGGAUAAUGCUAUAGAAGAUGCAAUGGCCAAUACCCAACAAGUAUCACUUCAAAGACCAAAUACUGAACCAAAUAGUUAUAGUGGGAAACUAUUCAGUAAGUUUAAUAAACUUGCGUCUAUUGUAAAAGAAAGUGUUACUUAUCAAGAUAUAGAUCCUAAGACAGCUGCUAUAGAAGUGAAGAAGGAAAUAGAGAGAUUGGAAGAAUUUCAAAAGGUUACCAUUCCUGACUUAAAAAUAAUAACCGAUAUUAUUCAAAAACAAGAAUUAUCAGAGUUUGAGAAUGAUAGAGCUCAAGAAUUAAAGAAAAUUAUGAAAAAUCAUGCAAUAUAUAUGAGAUCAUUUGCCGAAAAGAAUUUAGAACUUUGGAAAACUUUAAAAAGACAGCAAACAGAUUAG